AAAUACAUUUUAGAAUGCAUUUGAAAUGAAACUGCUUACCGAGUUUUUGUGCCUUUUGGCGGUUUUGCUCUCAACAGUUGAGAGUGCAGAAAAACGAAAGGCUUUUUGUUAUCUGCCCUACGAAUUUGGUAAAUGCGGAGGUCAUCGCGUUAUGUGGGCUUUUUCGAUUAAAGAACUAGAGUGCGUUCCAUUCGUUUUCUCCAAUUGUGGCGGCAAUGAAAAUCGCUUUCAUACGAAGGAAAACUGCGAGAAAGCUUGCGCACCACUUCAAUCUCGAUUUGUUAUCGCUAAUUAAUAUACAGAUACAUAUUUUUUUUUAACAAAACUCAAGGCAAAUGUCCAACUUUACCCUUCAUUUGAUUAAAGCGCAUUGUGACCAGUUUCUUUGCUCUACUUUCUCUCUUAUUGUCUAUUUUACUUGUAUGGAAUAUACACUUUAAAAUUAUUUUUGAUUCAUAAAUUGUAUAAAAUAAUUAAAAAAAAAAAUAAAAUAAUAAAAAAGUUUUCAUU